UACAACUAUUGUCCAUGAAACGUGUUGUGUUAUUGUUGACGUUGACUGACACGAAAUCGAUGGAUUGUGCAUGAAUUUGCAAAAGAAAUUUCUAAAUUGAAGUUCAUAAUAUUAAUGAAACUUAAUGAGUUAAAUGUUUUUUGAAUCAUUUAUAAUACAGUUGUUGUUAUAGACUAUGAAUCAACUGUCAUGAAUAAUAUUAAUAUAGAUAAAACCAUUGAACAUGUUGAGAAUAUAGUCAAAAACAAUCAAUGCAGUGUGUGUGUCAAGACAGAUGGUCAGCGACUGAGAUAUUACUGUGGACAUACAGCAUGUGAUGACUGUGUGGUUGAUGUCAUAGACUGUAGCAUUUGCCUUACACCACCUCCAAUAUCUACUCAAAAAGCCAGGCUCGAUGAUGUAUUGACUCAGCGAGCUAAGAAUGCAUCAGUACUUUUAAAACUAUGUCAAAAAUUGUUUAACACAGAUGCAUUUACACGUAAAAGAUUAUCAGAGCAGUUGAGAAUUGAAAAAGAAUUGUUUCCAGCGUGCAUUCAAGCUCCAUUAAAAUAUGAGAACAAACGAAAAACUUCAUUUAAUUUGAGUAAAAAUAAAGAGAACAGAGAAUACUCUGUUUUACCAGGAGAAGCAAUAUCUCAUUUAGACAAAAAUAACACCAUGGAAAAUUCUUUUAAAUAUGUGCAGCAAUGGCUAAAUAAAAAUGAUACCGAUUUUGUCAGGAAACCAUUUAGAGAUUUAAAUGUCAACACACAAUUAGAUCCUAAUGUAAAACAUUCCAGUAACCUUAAGACAUUGACUAAAACUAACAGAAAGAGAGCUCAUUAUAAAACAACUGUAAACAAUCAAUCUUUUGUUAGUCCAAAAAAGAAAUCUGUCAUCCACAAUGAUUUCAUGAACCAAAAGAAAGUUAAAAAAGAAUCACCACAUACCUCACUUUUGAAGUAUGAAACUAAAACAGAACAUGAUAAUGAUGAAAGUGGUAUAUUUCUGGAUGAUCCUAUUGUGAUAGAUGAUUCACAGGAAACAGCUAUUGACAAAGAUAGAAAUGCAUGGCUUGCUGUGCUGAAAGCCAAUGAACAUGAACAAAAUGAAUCUACCUCAGUAAUAAAUUUAGUUUGUAGUGAUACUCAGAUUUCUAUACCUAUUAAUAAAGACAUUGUUAUUGGGUCUGACAAGAAGCAAACAACAACAAAUCAAAAUGUACCUUUCUUUAAAAAAAGUUAUAUAAUAGAAACUUGUAAACUUUGUGAUGUGGAUAAAAACAUAAUAGCACAAACAGAAGAUGUAAAAAUUACAAUUGAUAAUGCUGAUUUUACAACUACAAUACAAAUUAUAAAUAGUACUGGCAAUAGAUCUAAGCUGAAAGCAAAAAAUUCAGUUUCAGUUCAAACUGAUCUUUUAGAAACCAUCAACUGUGAUGACUCUGCAGUAGCUAAUUUGAAUGAAACGAAUUACAAGUUUGAAGGUGCUCCACAAAAUUCGGAUACACUAAGUGAAGAUUUAUUUGGUGAUGACAGCAAACAUAAUGAAAAUGAUAGACCCGAUAAUGAUUAUAGGCGUGUAGUAAUUGCAGAAUCCGAUAGUGAUAUGGAAUUGGAGACAAGUGGCCCAUUGCCUGUUAAAGUUGAUGUCCAUAGAUCUUGUGAUGAAACGGAAUAUGGAAUUCUAAGCGAAAUUGAAAACAUUCAGAAUCACAGCGCCAGAUCCAGGCGUGGCCCACGAGGGCUUACGCCUACUAGCACAGACUCCUCUGAGAAAGAGAAUUUUAAUCCUAACAGAAUGAAGACUCAAACAUAUAAAAAGAAAAAAUAUUCAAAAAAAAUAUGAUUUUUUUUUCUAUUUUCAAAUUCGAAAUUUUAUCUUCCAAUGUGAAUUUAUAAGUUAGAUGUAAAAUUUUUAAUGUAUUUCAACAUUUGUGUUAAGAAGCGUUCGUUAUUUCUUAAGGAUACUUUUUGUGCCUUGUUUGUUUAUUAGCAAUGAUUAAAAAGUAUAAUUAUAUUCUUAUAACUA